AGGCUCUUAAGUCUAAAACUUUCGAAGACAAAGCAAGAAAGCACUUGAAAGUGCUGGCGCUCGCAAGUGAGACCCUGUACUAGUUUGAAACUGCACGAGCUUGAACUUUAUUUUCCCCUGCUACGGAGGUGCAGGUGCAGCAUUUUCAUUUCGACACCGAAACUAUUGAAAUAAAGAGAAAAUCGAAGUUGUAAGUUUUUCCACCUUUUACUUCACUCGGCUGCGCGAACCCAGAACAUGUUUCGUCCUUCUGCGUCACGACUCGUGGCCGGUGCUUGUGUGGCGGUCCCGCUGCUUGUCGGAGCCGACUCGUCGUCCCGCAGGGGGAACCUUCGCGGGGGGAAGAAAAACUACAAGCUUGAUGCUUCUUCUGGCUACCAGAGCCACGACCAAGACCAGGAAAACGACGCUGCUUGUGCUUCUUCGAUAGGCACUGCCAGCGUCCGCGCUUCUACUUCCACCUUGACGGCCGCGGCGGCAUCUGCUCCUCCUGCGCCGUCGACUUCGCUGCUCUCCGUUGACCACGGUCACGGAAAAAAGCAAGGCCGGCACCACCACCACCGUAUGGCUUGCUCAGCUGGGACAAUGAUCUCAACUGGUGGAGCAACUUGAAUUUGAAUUUGUGAUGCAAAAAGAAAAACUGGUGGACGAUCUGGCUACGGCUACUAGUAGCCUUAUCAUGCAGUCUGUACUUAGGAUGACAAACACAAAGCCCUAGCACUCCAAACCGCCCUCGGAAUCAUUCUGCCCACUAGAUUUACAAUUAGCCAUGCAGAAGCAGAAAUACUUGGAGUAGAGCAAGUGGAAGUGCUUUUUAGGCUCUGCCGCGCCCAUUACAAAAUUUCUCGUCCUGUGUAAAUGGCAAUAGCGCGGCGCGCUAUUGCGAUUUACGCAGGACGAGAAAUUCCGGCCGGUUCCAUUGUUCCACGACUCGAGAUUUUUGUUCCAGCUUGGCAUGGCAUAAUACACCGGCGCGCGCUACCUCCGCAACAACCGCUCGUUCCGCAGGGACCGGCGAUGCCUCCGCAGCCGCAGCAACAUGUUCUUGCCCAGGGACCGUCGGGGUCGUUGCAGUAUGUCCCGCAAGCUGCUGUUGCACCGCAGGACCCCAGCACUGGUCCUGUUGCUCCGCUGCCCGCAGGUGGAGCUGCCCCCUCGGCGCCGACACCUCAAAAAAAGGGGUUCGGUAAAAAGGCGAUGAUUCUAUGAAUUGCAAAAGUCAUUUCGACGCACUUACUCUUGUUCUCACCAAAACGAAUUGCAGUCAUUGCAUGACAGACCUCUCUCUUAAGGCAGAUCAGCAUUGCAUCAACUUUUACAUACUCCUCAAUUUGAGAAAAUUAUUCGUGAUGCAAUUUCUACUAGAAAGCGCGUCACCGUAGCACUUUUGCAAUGCAUAGCAUGCACAGCUCCAGAAGAGCAACCAGGGUUUCCGAGAAGACAUUGACAAGCAACGAGGACCGUGCCCGAAUUGCCGCUGAGUGUCGAUGUUACGAAGAGAGUGAGUGGAUCCGAGCCUUCUUGAUGGGUUUGUGUUUUUAUGUAGAGAAAAGGGUUUAUUCUGAUUUGGCUUCUGCUUUGACUUCAUUGUGACUUGAAAGAAUGAAGGGUCCGGCGUCCUACCGAGUUCGGUUUUCAUUUUGACGGAACAUGCAAUUUUAACAUCUUCAACGUCCUAGCACUUUCUUAAAAACUUCGCAUCUACUUAUGGAAUUAUGAUCGACAUACCAGUACUGACGCAGCUUCAACAAAUAAGUAUCAUCAUCGCAAACUUGCAAAUACCUAAAAUAAAGUAAAAGUUCGUUUUACAAUAUUUUUUCGCGAAUUUAACGCGCGUCCCAAGGUGGAGGACAACCGAAAGUAUGAAAUUACAUGAUAGGAACAUAAUCUGCAUGGAGAUGGACAAUGACAUAGACGAGCAAAGGCAGAAAAACGCCAGUAAGUUGUCGGUGCUGAGUCACAACAACGAUGAAAGAACGCGAGAAAUAUUGCAGGCAAAUGGCGCCUUUUAUUUGCCUCCCUCAAUUUGUUGCGCGACGAUCGACCGGAGAACCCGCCGGCUCAUGCAGGCUCAUGUUCUAAAUAAUUUUUCCCAACCUCCAUACCAAUAGAGUCUAUUGGUAUGGAGGUGAGAAAACUAAAUGACUCCAUAUCAGAAUCUCUAGGGGGUUCGUUUGGAGAUGGAUC